AGAGUUCCUCUUUCAUGCAGCUUUCCAUCAUCAUAAAUUUAAGAGGCUUGGUCUACACAAACCAGCACCAUAUUCUAGGUUUUUGAUACCAAAACCCAGAGAAAAUGGUGAAAUCCCCAGAAGAAGAACACCCACAGAAGGCUUUUGGCUGGGCUGCGAGAGAUCCCUCUGGGACUCUCUCUCCAUUCCAUUUCUCAAGAAGAGAAAAUGGUGAUGAGGAUGUCACAGUCAAGAUCCUCUAUUGUGGGGUUUGCCAUUCCGACUUGCAUUCUGUUAAGAAUGAAUGGGGGAUCACUAGAUACCCUAUUGUUCCAGGGCAUGAAAUUGUUGGCAUUGUGAUCCAACUUGGAAAUAAUGUGAAGAAAUUCAAAAGGGGUGACCGAGUUGGGGUUGGUGUCUUAGUGGGCUCUUGCAAGACAUGCGAGACUUGCCAACAAGACUUGGAGAAUUACUGCCCCAGUAUGAUAUUUACUUAUAACUCCACUUCUCAAGAUGGGACGAGGACUUAUGGUGGUUAUUCCGAUAUAGUGGUUGUUGACCAGCGGUAUGUGCUCCGCAUUCCUGAUAACAUGCCCUUAGAUGCAGGGGCACCACUACUUUGUGCUGGAAUAACAGUGUAUAGCCCAAUGAAAUACUAUGGAAUGACCGAGCCAGGCAAACAUUUGGGAGUGGCAGGACUUGGUGGGCUUGGUCAUGUUGCCGUGAAAUUGGGCAAGGCAUUUGGACUUAAGGUUACUGUUAUUAGUACCUCGCCUAACAAGGAGGAUGAAGCGAUUAACAAACUUGGGGCUGAUUGUUUCCUUCUUUCCACCAACCCUGAAAAAGUGCAGGCGGCUCUGGGUACUAUGGACUACAUCAUCGAUACAGUCUCUGCAAUUCAUUCCCUGGGUCCUCUCCUUGCCAUGCUGAAGCUGAAUGGAAAAUUGAUCACUGUGGGCUUGCCUGAUAAACCCCUGGAACUGCCUAUCUUCCCAUUAGUUAUGGGGCGGAAGCUCAUUGGGGGAAGUGACAUAGGAGGGAUUAAAGAGACACAGGAAAUGCUAGACUUUUGUGCAAAACACAAUAUUACUGCAGACAUUGAGCUGAUCCAGAUGGACUACAUUAACACAGCCAUGAAGCGGCUUUCCAAAUCUGAUGUCAAGUACCGGUUUGUGAUAGAUGUCGCAAACUCCUUGUCCCAGUAGGCAAGUUGUGGUCCCCUAGCUGCUCUUGCCUCACUUGAUUUGAGGCCCAGAUAUGAGCAAGAUGUUUGAAAUGUUUGAUUUUAGUGCAUAUAAUGGAAGUGGUUAGGGAGGAAAAACAUAGAAAAUUCUGGUGAUUUGGAAUUAUGUGGCUGUUGCUUUAUCUGGUUGAAAUAACAAUAAAGCCUAUCUCAGUUGUCUCUCUGUUAUGCA